UCCAAACCUGGAUGUAGUCUAGUCUGACGAAGCCGCCAUUUCAAAACGCAAAGGAGCGACAGAGGCUGUAGGAGAUUUUGUAUAUUUUUUAUUUUUCUAAUAUAUUUUUAUUUUUACUAGCACGUAGGAAAAUUGCAUUACUUUUUUUGAAUCUACCUCGCCUGCAUCACCAGCUGAAAUGGAUGCAGACACAGAAGAAAAGGUGACAGAAACUUCAAAAAUUUCCAAGGAUGAAUCUCAGAAACCCUUAACGGACAACAAAUUUAGGGGUCGUGGAUUUAAAAGCCGUGGUCGAGGGGGUCGGAUGAGUCGAGGCAGCAUGCGUGGUGGGCGGGGCAUGAUAAAAGGGUUUGGUCCACCUGGAUAUGGGAGGGGUCGAGGGAAAGAUGGAGCCAUUAAUGGAUUUGCACCCAUGAGAGGAAUGAGGAGGAUGCGACCUUACCCAGACCUACGAGGUCAUCGAGGUAGAGGUGGACCAAUGGGCAUGGGCAUGGGCCCUCCUCCUCCCCCUCCUCCCCCACCACCUCCCAUGCACCUCAGAGGCCCCUACCCACCCAUGCCAAGGCAUGGACCCCCGCCACCCCCUCCUCCAGGUCAUCCUGGUUUCAGAGGGCGUCCACCACACCCUCGAGGCCGUGGCAUGUUGCCCCCUGGACCUCCACGCCACUUCCACCCCCGCGGCCCAAGAGGCUACCACAAUGGACCGGUCUCUCCUCCGCCUCACCCCCCACCUGGCAGAGGCCAGAGGUGGCCAGGGCCCCCUGGUGGCCGACGCUUUUAACACAGCCUGCCCUAAAACCAAUAACCAAACACUUUGUUAAUGUAGAAGGGGCCUAAAGUGGUGCAGUAAAUGAAACGUCCCUCAAAUAUGUGUUACACAAAGUCUCUGAGUAUCUUUAUGACAUACUCUGUGGCCAAAUGUGUGGUUAUUGAUAUUGUCUACUGGCAAAGAGAUAAUGUGAAAAUGACUAAUGAGAACAUAAGAUGCCUGGCAACUUUAACAAUGUAAAGGCAUUCUGUUAUCUAUGUUACAGAAAUACUGUUGGUACUGUAGGAACUAUUUGACAUUGUUGAGAAAAAGAUGUUUAAAAACAAGUUUGAAAGCGCUGUUUUCAAAUGGAGGAAAAUUCUUGUCAAAGUUUAUUAAAUGUUCUGUGGUUCUUGUUACAGUCACCCUGUGAGCCUUAAGAGUCUUUUCCUGAUCCGUAAUAAAAAAAAAAUAAAAAAUGGGUGACAGUGUAUAUUUGAAGGUGGGGAAACAUGGGUGACAAAUUAAUGAAAGAGUGCACAGCAGCCCUCGAGCACCACUGUUAACUAGCUUAGUACACCUUGGACCUCUCUAACCUUUCCUUUUGUUACAUGGAAAUAGUUAUGUAUUAUAACUUCACCACGCAGUGCAGUAAAUAUUGUUUAACACACAUUUUUUCAAGUGAAAAGACAAUGCUCUAAUUGUCAAGUAUUCAUGAGUAUUUAAUUUUAUAUUUUAUAUCGUUAAUGUGCAGCUAUUGCUGUUUGGAACAUUCAUGUUUGUCUUCAGCAAUCUAUUGUAAUGGAAAAGGCAUUAUAAAUGAUAGUAUAUGGAAAUAUAUAUCUAGUAGAUUUUAUAAAUGAAAGCAAAUUUCAGUAGUAUUUGCUUCAGUUAAGGAUAAGAAGUUCUUUACUGUGUUUAGUUUUCUGAAGUGUUAUAAAACUCUAUUCACUGUAAUUAACAUAACUUUUGUGAACUUGUGAUGUGUUUGAUGAAAACAGUCAAGACUUAUGACAUAGCCGUGGAGAAAAAAAAAUAAAACUAAAAAUAAACUCAACUUCUCUUUUUUUGUUUAUUCACAAACAAGUCUGAGAGUUGUCAUUAUAAUUUACAUCAUAUCUGUAAUAUAUGGAAAAAUGGAUUGUAAUGUCAGUUUAAUAUUGUUCACAGUGGCACAGUAACAGUGUUAUAUAUUUGUAAGUGAAUAUUUGAUACAUGUAAAGACCACUGUACUAAUGCACAUCUUUAUACAUAUAUAUUUUUUUGGAGGACCAAGAGCCCUUAAUGAAUGUAAUAUUCAGCGUGCUGAGGGCUGAAACUUUCUACAGAUAAGAAAAUGCUUGGAAAGUAAUCAUGAAUUGCACUUUUUGUAACUUGAAAGAUGAACUUCACUCACUCAAGUGCAUUUUAUGUUACCAUGUAAAUUUGACUGGAGGAUUCAGAACCGCUCCACUUGAAAAGCGUUGAAACUAAACAUCAAGCCACAAUUCAAAUUCAGUGGUAGCAUGUCUAAAAGGAGGACAUCAUCUGCAAAGGAUACACACUCUGAUAUGACCAAGGACUUUCAUAUUUUCAUGCUGCUCAGUAAUUUCAAUUUGACAUCAAAGGCGACAAAGGGAUUUGGAGAAUCUACAAUUAUGUUUAUGUAUGUGUUUUUCUGUGUUUAUAGUUCUUAUAAUUUAAUAUUCUUAUAUAAUUUCUCCUAUACUCCUGUAAAUUUUUAAGCGAUAUAAAAAUAAAAGUUGCCAUGCAUGUAUGUAUGUGCAUAUGAAAUUGCUGUACCCUUUACAGAAACGAAUAGUAAGAUUAUUUAAUGAAUGAUUUAUUCCAGAAUCAGUGGUACACAGACACCAUCUCAUGGAACAUUCAAUAAAGUUGACACCAAUUUUAGAAGCAAGCAUUUUAGCACCUCAGGUUUGGCAAGCUCUGUGUAUGCAUGUAGUUUAUGGAAUCAAAUAAUUGACAUAA